GACGAGAUUAGCAGAGACUAAGUUCAGUUCCUGCAUCGGCUGUUCUUGCUAGAUCCCUCCAAGCUGGACGGCAUCAUAGGCUGCACAUCCAUCGGUUGGUACGAGCCAUGGGUAUAUAACUAUAUAUAGCCAGCACUGCGGACUGACGACGUGUCCUGGACUCCUGGUCGUCGAGCACAAGAACAGCCAACAGCAGAAUAGCUUCGAGCUUUGCUUUUGAUUCAGUAUGGGGCAUGGAAGUGGUCCUGCUGCUGUUGUUGACCAGCCAGGCUGCAGAGUCCUUCCCGUCAUCGAGGAGGAGCCGGAGCCGGAGGGGGAGGGGGCAGGCUCGCCGGAGAUGACGAGGCUGGCCGAGCGCAGGAAGGCCAUCGUAGCCAGGAUGCGGGAGCUCCUCAGCCGGGCCGCCGCCGCGCAGUCUGCUCGCUCCAAGCUCCACCGCUCCACCGUCGCCACAGCCAAGAAAUGGAAGAGAGCCGUCGGCCGGAUCCAGAGGAGGAGCACGAACCAUCAGCAGGUAGCAGAUCUGCAGGAAGACGGAGACGGCGGCAUGCUGAGCUCGUCGUCGUCGUCCAUCUCCAGCCAGAGCAGCUUCAGCUGGGACGCCGCCGCAGAGAGCUGCUGCUCAGCGUCUGCCAGCUGCUUGUCCCCUGCCAACGUCUCGCCGCUGCUGUGGCCGGCGUUCGUAUCUGCACAGCGAGCCGAAGCGACGGAGGAUCAGCAGCCGGCGACCAGCGUGCUGCGUCUGUCAGGUGGCAGCUCCUGGUCGGAGGACGAUGACGUGAGGAUGGCUCACUGGGUCACCACGGAUUCAGACUUUGUCGUGUUGGAGCUCUAGCCAUGGGAGGGAGACGCUCCUCAACAAGGAUCGAUCGGGGCACAAGCAAGAAAAUUAGGAAUUCCAGAAGAUUAUUGGCAAGAAGAUUCAUAGACGUGCAUUGGCCCGCGGGCUAAGUGGGCCACCAACAUGGGCCGUAACAGACCUGCGAUUUCUUGACAACAGGCAGGCCCACAUGUUGCGAAGCCUCAUUAUUUUUGAGGAAAUUAUGUGGUAUAUAUAUAUAUGUAUGUCAGUAUGUGGUUCUGUCAACUGUGUACUGCCACCUGGACUAUUUAGCUAAUGACAUGACACUCGGUUGCAUAGCCCAACUUAAGCAUCUUCCGAAGUCAAGAUAUGGAGU